GACAGCAGCACUGGGACCUGCUCAGCUCCUCAUCACGUUCAGCCGGUCAGAGGAUGGAGGCGAGGUGAGAACACAUCUCAUUGGCUCCCGCUGCUCCAUUUAAAGGAAUCCACCUGGUUUGUCCUUUAAGAUCCUUCAGCAUCUCCUAAGAGGAACUUUAAACGUUCGCUAUUUUCUGAAUAGGACCAUACAUUUUUGAAGAUCAGACUCGGAGCGUGGAGCAACAUUGAGCCACUUCAGAGCAGCGAUUUCAGAGCAGCAAAUAGCAAUAUUUCUUGCCUCACUGAAAUACUAGCCUAUGAUAAAGAGAGAGAUUUCUGUGGUGCACGAGGGAUCUCCAUAAGAUUUUAAAGGGUUACUUAGGGACUUCAUUCCAGAUCCAAAGAACUGAGAUAUGACUGAUUAACACUUUUAUUGACCAGCUGAUCUCAUAUUACUCCAGUCAUGGAACGACGGGGUGUUUUUUUAUAAAUACAUAAAAAUUUUUCCCACGAUAUGGAGAGUUCGCCAUGCGCUCCUUUGGGAACCGCUGCUGUAGGUAACUUUUAUACCAUGGACUCAGGAGGGCUUUCAACAAGUUUUAGGGCUCGUUUAUCUUCUGGAACGUGAUUCGAAUUUAUUCUGCGGUUUCGUGAAGUAGCUAAGUAAAGGCUGCAGGUUUUCUGAAGACUUUUUAAGAGGGUUUUGGUCAUUAAUUUAUCGCACGAUCCGGAGCAGAUCUCAUCGGCUCUUAUGGGAAUUAAACACUCCUCCCGCUGUUUGCUCCUCAGGAGAAAAAUGACGGAUGCGGAGAGCACUGAGCAACAGCCUCUGAGUGCUGCCCCGUCCCAGUCGGUCCAGCCGUCUCCUCUGUCCAAACCAGUGUCAUCGGUCCAUCAUACCCAGCGGCCCACACACCCAUCCCACGCGCCACACACCCCUCAUUCAGCCAACUUACCCAGCUGCCCUGGCAGAGGAAAGAUGGCCAAGUUCCUCAACCCCGACGAGAUGACCUCCAGGGAUUACUAUUUUGACUCGUACGCCCACUUUGGCAUUCAUGAGGAAAUGCUAAAGGACGAAGUGAGGACGUUAACAUACAGGAACUCCAUGUACCAUAACAAACACAUCUUCAAGGACAAGAUUGUGCUGGACGUGGGGAGUGGUACUGGCAUCCUCUCCAUGUUUGCUGCCAAGGCCGGAGCCAAGCACGUGUAUGGGAUUGAAUGCUCAAGUAUAUCAGAACACUCUGAGAAAAUCAUCAAGGCCAAUCAUCUGGACAGUGUUAUAACCAUCUUUAAAGGGAAAGUGGAAGAGACGGAGCUGCCGGUAGAUCAGGUGGACAUUAUCAUCUCAGAGUGGAUGGGUUACUCUCUUUUUUAUGAGUCCAUGCUCAACACAGUCAUCUACGCCAGAGAUAAGUGGCUGAAACCUGGUGGUCUGAUGUUCCCAGACAGGGCUGCUCUAUAUGUGGUGGCCAUUGAAGACAGGCAGUACAAGGACUUCAAGAUUCACUGGUGGGAGAACGUUUAUGGUUUUGACAUGACCUGCAUCAGGAACGUAGCUAUGAAAGAACCACUGGUGGACAUCGUGGACUCAAAACAAGUGGUAUCCAACGCCUGCCUGAUCAAGGAAGUGGACAUCUACACGGUGAAGCCAGAGGAACUGUCCUUCAGCUCCUCAUUCUGUCUGCAGAUCCAGAGGAACGAUUAUGUCCACGCUCUGGUCACCUACUUCAAUAUCGAAUUCACCAAGUGUCAUAAAAAGACAGGCUUCUCCACAGCACCAGAUGCCCCAUACACACACUGGAAGCAGACAGUGUUUUAUCUGGAGGAAUAUUUAACUGUGAAAAGAGGAGAGGAGAUAGUCGGCACCGUCAGCAUGAAACCAAACGAGAAGAACACACGUGAUCUGGACUUUACCUUUGAGCUGGAUUUUAAAGGUCAGCUAUGUGAGGCCGCUAUCGCUCAUGACUACAAGAUGCGCUAAGUGUCCAGCAGUGGCGAGAGACGGUUUCUGACAGCACUCAGAGAAGCAGAAGCAGGGACCGCUCCAGAUCACAGCUACAGCCCUGCUGCUGGGAAGAGACAGAGACAGAGAGAAAGACCAGGACGGAAGUUGCUAUCUCUAGGAGUCUUGCCAACAUUUUUGGAGCAAGGUGGCACUUCUAGCAAUAGCCGCCUUGCCUUCACCAACUCUAGCCUGCACUUGUACACCAACUCUCUGACUGUUCAGAGGCCAACUAUGACUUCACCCCACUGUAAACAAAAGAUUGUCAUGCUCUUAUGAAUGUUAAGUGUAAGUUUAUGGUUACUUUGCUUUUACAUUAGGAGUGUGAGUUAUUUAAUAUAUAUAAAUAGAUAUAAUAAUAAUAUAGAUAUAGAUAUUUAAUAUUGAAGGUUGUGCUUCCAAGUCCCAGGCAUUAAGAAUAUUUUAAUUUAACAUAUCAUAUUAAGAGAAUAACUCCACUUACAUAGUAAUUAUUCAUUCGAAUUUAAUCACUGCUGGACUUUAACAAUUUCAAUGCAGAAGAGUAAGUGAUCUCAUAGAUUUAAAUAAUGUUUUAAAGAAAUCCCGGUCAUUCUCAGAAAAUGGUACAGUUAUUUAUUAAAAAUAAUUUAUAAUAUAUAAUUUUGUUUUAUUAAAAAGUUACUGCAUAAUCCACUAAUCCAAUAUAUAUAUAUAAAAGAUUAUUAUAAGCAAAAGAUUAUUUAUUUAUUUAUUGCACCUACAAGGUUGGCAGAUACAACUGAUGAGCUUUACAAAUCUAAUAUACAUAAAUAAAUAAAUAUUGACAAUAUAAAGUCUGUUUUCACCACAAUGUUUUACCAAAAAGAUCAAUUAUGUUUAGAUAUCAUCUCAUAAUGUGCAUUUUUUUCAUUGUAGCAGUUAUACAUAGACCAUAAAAGAAUAUUUUAAUUUUAUAAAAGCUAAAUUAGCUAUUAUAUUAUAUUAUAUUAUAUUAUAUUAUAUUAUAUUAUAUUAUAUUAUAUUAUAUUAUAUUAUGAUGAAUGGGGACAUCCAAAAUGGAAUCAAAUUGCAUGGAAAUUGCAUAUUGCUAUAAAAAAAAAUAUAUAUAUUAUUUUAAAAAGUCUGAAUUGUACACCCAAGUUAAUUUUAUAAUUUAAAAUCAUUAGGUUAUGCAUUCUAUUAAUUAUAUAUAGUACAUCAUGUGGACACCAUUUCCUGAGAACGACCCAACUAUCAUAAAAUUAAGAUUUGGGGAAUUGAUAACAGUUCUUAACAGUUUCUUGCCCAUGAAUAUCAGAGGAAACUGAAUCAGAUGCUAAUAAUGGAAAUUACAAGAGAGAGAAAAAAAAGAGUGAUUGCAAUACAGUGAUGUGGUACAAUUGUAAAUUUGUUGUUUCUAGUAACUUGAUGAGACUGCAAUAUGUAGUGAUAGUAUUAUUACUGUGGGGAAGUUGUGGCCUAUUGGUUAGAGAGUUUAACUCCUAACCCAAAGGUUGUGGGUUCGAGUCUUGGGCCGGCAAUACCACGACUGAGGUGCCCUUGAGCAACUGUUCAUGGUGUUGGUGUGU